UCCCUGAGAGUUUAAUGUGAGAGCGGUGUAAGCUCAGUGCUGCAGAUAAGCCAUGGGGAAAUCACAGGGUGAGAGCUGAGAACUGAUGGGGAAUAACAACUGAAAGAGCUUUGGUUUUCCUAGGCCGGCAGGAGGUAGUUCAUGCUAGGAAGCUUGCCAGCUCCACACUGAUGCUGGGAGCUUUGUCUCCUCAGGACUGCAGGAACACACUUUGCAGUCAAACUGAUCUGAGAGAUUUUGAUAGUAAAAACAGCUGUCUCGUUGCAAUGAUGUUUUUGUUCCAUUGUCAAAAUUUUGAGCUAAAUCCAUGAGUGGGCUGCAGCUUGUUCAAACCCUGAACUCAACACCCUUUGUGUUCCUUUGGCUUUUCUACCACGGUUCCUGGGAUCUCCCCUUCCUGAGGAAAGGGCUAGGUGUAAUAAAAGCUGUCAGGGCAAGGACUGGAGGCUCUCGUCCGCUGCAGAGUCAGAACAGGAGAGCUGCAGCCUGCCCCAAACUGCUGGAAAGGGGGGAGGAAAGAGGAAGAGCAGGGCGCAGAAACAAAAUAUCCCGAUGCCGCCGUGGCCAGGCUGCUUCCCCAGCGAGCAGGUACGCUGGUGGGCAGGGGUGGAUGUGUGCUACCUGUGUACUGGGAUGAGGCGAAGCACAGGCACCUUUUGUGCUUUUUGGCUUUUCUGCCUCCAUAUGGCCAUGGAUGCAGCCCUGCUCCCGUGGGGAUGUUGGAAGGAAGAGCAGGAUGGCAUGUGCUGGGGGGGUUCAGCCCUGGGGACCAGGAGCUGUGCAACACCCAAGUCGGUGAGAGCAGAGGGAUGCCUUGUGUGAGUGAGGCUGCUCCUGUAGCUCUGCAAGUCUUGCAGUAGUGUGUGUAAAAGAAAUAAACUUCUCCCAAAUAUUCUUUUAAAAUUGACAUUUAAAAAUUGACACAGGAGAUAAGGUUGUGUUCAAACGCCCAUGUUUUAAACCAAGAAUCCCUCUUAAAAACAUACAGCUAAACGUAGGUUGAGAGCAUCAAUCCAGAUAAAGCUGAAAGCAGAAAGCACGUUGAGGGAGUACCUGCUACUAAAUGAAAGCACGGCCCGGCUCAGCCCGGCAAGUUAGAAAGCGCGGGGGAGCGCCGAGCACAGCAGGCAGAGCAACGGGCUCGCGCAGGGGGACGCGUUGGUGACCGCAGCGAGAGGCUGCCCCGCGCUCCGGCCGGGCCCCGCGGCGUGCGGGAGCCGCUGGAAGCUCCUCCUCCGCCGGGCCGGGAUGUAGCGAGCGGCGGGACAGCUCCGAGGGCGCACGCUGCGAGGCGGCGGGGCCCCACGCGUGCGGUAUAAGGAAAUGCUAGAUCUAGUGAUAUCACCCAGCCUGACUGUAAAUAGAGAGUGCCCUGACAGACUGAAGCUUAACCUUGCUAACAUUUAUGCCACGGCUCCAGAUGACAUAGAAGGCAACAGCAAAGCAGCACCACAGUGUCCUCUCCAUCUGUACUCAACAAAACAUUAUCCCCAUAUAGUGACAGUCCAGUCUUUCCCAACAAUGGCAACAUAUGGACAGACUCAGUACAGUGCAGGAAUCCAACAGGCUGCUGCAUACACUUCCUACCCUCCUCCAGCGCAGCCCUAUGCCAUACCUUCCUACAGCAUCAAAACAGAGGACAGCUUGAGCCAUUCCCCAGGACAGAGUGGGUUUCUUAGUUAUGGAUCCAGUUUCAGUACCCCAACUGCUGGACAAGCACCAUAUACCUACCAAAUGCAUGGCACAACAGGGAUUUACCAGGGAGCCAAUGGCCUGACAAAUUCUGCUGGAUUCAGUGCUGUGCAUCAGGAAUAUUCAUCAUAUCCAAGCUUUCCUCAAAGCCAGUACUCACAGUAUUACAGCUCCUCCUACAACUCUCCCUACAUGUCCACAAACAGCAUCAGUCCUUCAGCCAUCCCAACCUCCACUUAUUCUCUGCAGGAGUCUUCUCACAACAUCACCAGUCAGAGCACAGAAUCGCUGUCUGGAGAAUAUGGAACAACACCAGCAAAAGAUAUAGAAACAGACAGACAUCACAGAGGGUCGGAUGGCAAGGUACGAGCCCGAUCAAAAAGAAGCAACGAUCCUUCCCCCACUGCUGACAGUGAGAUUGAGCGUGUAUUUGUGUGGGAUUUGGAUGAGACGAUAAUUAUUUUUCACUCCUUACUCACGGGAACCUUUGCAUCCAGAUAUGGGAAGGACACGACAGCGUCUGUGCGGAUAGGUCUUAUGAUGGAAGAAAUGAUCUUCAACCUUGCAGAUACACAUCUGUUCUUUAAUGACCUGGAGGACUGUGACCAGAUCCACAUAGAUGAUGUAUCAUCAGAUGAUAAUGGACAAGAUCUAAGCACAUAUAACUUCUCUGCAGAUGGCUUUCACAGUUCAGCUGCCAGUGCAAAUCUAUGUCUGGGCUCAGGCGUUCAUGGGGGAGUUGACUGGAUGAGGAAAUUAGCGUUCCGCUACCGUCGGGUGAAAGAGAUGUACAACACCUACAAAAACAAUGUUGGGGGUUUAAUAGGAGCUCCUAAGAGGGAAACCUGGCUGCAGUUAAGAGCAGAACUCGAAGCGCUGACUGAUCUCUGGCUCACACAUGCUCUGAAGGCGCUGAAUUUGAUACAUUCCCGGCCUAACUGUGUAAAUGUGUUGGUAACCACAACUCAGCUGAUACCAGCUCUAGCAAAAGUGCUUCUCUAUGGACUAGGCACUGUCUUCCCAAUCGAAAACAUUUACAGUGCAACAAAAACAGGAAAAGAGAGCUGUUUUGAAAGAAUAAUGCAGAGGUUUGGAAGAAAAGCUGUGUACAUUGUAAUAGGAGAUGGCGUUGAAGAGGAACAGGGAGCAAAAAAGCACAACAUGCCAUUCUGGAGAAUCUCUUGUCAUGCUGACCUGGAAGCUCUUCGGCACGCCUUGGAACUUGAAUAUUUGUAGCAGACCCCAACAUCUUAGCACUGUGAGGGCUUCACUCAAACUGUUUCAUCGAUUCCACCUAUUCCUCAGCAUUUUCUUAUUAAAAAAAUCCCACAGCAACUGCAGUUUUUCUUUUUUUGAAGGAGAACCCUUUCAGUGGAAGCCUCUAAGAACUUGCAGCCAAAGAACAUUCUAUCAAGUCCUUCCUUUGAACAGAGGAAAAGUCUUCAGAUAACUCUGGGGAUCCUGCAGUUACAUGCUUAAGCUGGGUGCCUAGAGCUGUAACUGCCCUUUGGCCAUCAGCGAGAACCCCCAGAAGCCUUGGGUCUGCUUGUCAGUUUUCUUGCUUUUGAAAGGGGAAGAGGAAACAUUAAAGACUGUGAGCGUACUCUGUGCAUAAUACAUCAUACCACGUCGGACCUUCUGCAAAUAAGAGUGAAACUGUUGAUUUUUUGUUUUGUUUGUAUUUUUUUUUUAAUUUAUGAACUAAUCUCAUUACUCUGGUAUUAAGCUCUGUACCUGUGUUUUUAAUCUGGC